AUGCUCGGUAUCUAUGUCGCUGGCGACAGCGGCGCCUACUUGAAUCCCGCCAUCACCUUUUCGAACUGCCUAUAUCGACAGCUGCCGUGGCGACGAUUUCCCGCAUACUUUAUUGCCCAGCUACUCGGUGCCAUGGUCGGCUCAUGCAUCGUAUAUGCCAACUACAUCAGCGCCAUCGACUACUAUGAGGGCGGUCAUGGAAUACGGACAGUGCCGCCAGCAUCGAAGGCCACGGCCGGAAUCUUUGCUACGUACCCGCAGCCGUUCGUCACGAAAGCUAGCCAAUUCUUUUCUGAGUUCAUUGCGAGCACGGUUCUUAUGUUCGUGAUUUUUGCACUGAAGGACCGCGCCAACAUGGGAAUGGCAAAGAGCGAUCAAUGGUUCCCACUAAUGCUUUUCUUCCUCAUUUUCGGCAUCGGCGCAUGCUUUGGCUGGGAAACUGGAUACGCGAUAAACCUUGUCCGAGACUUUGCACCUCGCCUAAUGUCGUAUGGUCUCGGUUACGGUCAUGAGGUCUGGUCGGCCGGUGGAUACUAUUUCUGGAUCCCCAUAGUUGCACCAUGGCUCGGAUGCAUGUUUGGCGGUUUUCUGUACGAUGCGUUCAUAUACACAGGGCAGAGCCCGGUCAAUGCGCCCUUCCUAGGAUUGUCGCAUUUCUUCCAUCCGAGGAGAGAGGUGCGUGCAAAGUUGCAAGCAGAAAAAGAUUUGCAGAUGGUGUAA